AUGGAUGCCAGAACCGCCGCAAGAAUAUCUGGAAUUUUCCACAAGACAAGUGUUGAUGCAACCAAAACGGCUCAGACAACAAUCAGCCAUGUCGGCCAAAAAAGAACCUUUGACGAAUACCAUGAAAAGUCAGAAGCAUCUGCGCAAUCUGCUGUAGGAGAUGUUGCAAAGAAAUCGGAAUUUCGCCGUCCAACUUUGCAUAGGUGUCUUGACCCUCUGAAAGCGAGUGUGAUACACACCCGACUUCAAACUCAUGGACCAACCGAGUAUUCUCAGCGUCGGCAUCUGGCUCUAACGCCUGCUCCGACCUCAAACCCAUACCUGAGUUUAUCGCACCGAGCUUACGGGCUUCCCAAACAAUUGGUAGAUAACCUGGCUAGCUUAGGUGUCAGGUCUAUCUAUCCAUGGCAGUCAGACUGCCUGUUGAAGAGCGGCGCGCUAGACGGAGAGCAAAAUCUCGUCUAUACUGCUCCAACCGGUGGCGGCAAAUCUUUGGUCGCAGAUGUCCUGAUGAUCAAGAAGAUAGUCGAAAACCCAGGCAAAAAGGCAAUUUUGGUUUUACCGUAUGUUGCUCUCGUUCAAGAGAAAUUGCGAUGGUUGCGACAAGUGGUUUCCGGCAUCACCAAAAAGGUGGCCGAGAAACCAUACCCUGAAAAACAGAACCCAAUGUGGAGCAAGCGUGGAGACGAAGAAUCUGUCAGAGUCGUUGGGUUUUUUGGUGGUAGCAAGUCAAAUCUGGCAUGGGCCGACCUCGACAUUGCGGUUUGCACGAUUGAAAGGGCAAACUUAUUGAUUAAUGCAGCAAUUGGUGACUGGUCGGUUGGAAAUCUGGCCGUUGUCGUGAUGGACGAAUUACAUAUGCUUGAUGAUGAGGGCAGGGGUUACAUACUGGAAUUGAUGGCCACGAAACUUUUAUGUCUGGACCAAAGUGUACAAAUAAUAGGCAUGAGCGCUACCUUAAAUAAUGCUGAACUGUUAGCAAAAUGGCUUGAUAAUGCUAGGUUCUAUAUAUCCAGAUACCGACCCGUGCCUGUUGAAGAGUACCUUGUUUUUGAUAAUAAUGUUUAUAACGCUUCAUCAUCAAGCAGUUUUUAUAAGACAGCUACUCAACUCAAUUUACAAAGCCAGCGGACCCAGGUUUCUUCUCAAAUGAGACCGGAAGCUACUAGGGUAAUCGUACCCUCAGAGCACCCAGAGUUUGGUAGCUCUUUGGUAAAUGCCGUUGUUUCUCUUGCAUAUGAGACUGCCAGUGCGGGUUAUGGCGCUCUUGUUUUCUGUAGCAGCCGUGUGGGUUGCGAAACAGACGCUCAAUUGAUUAGCAGGGUGAUGCCUCGCCCAGAGGAACUAAAUAUUGAUAUCGUUGAUAAGCGAGAAGAGUUACUUAGUGACUUGCGGAGUUUGACCAUUGGCUUAGACUCAGUACUCGAAAAGACUAUACCGGUGGGCGUCGCGUUUCACCAUGCUGGUCUGACCACUGAAGAGCGAGAUCUGGUCGCGGCAGCAUACGAUGAGGGUGUUCUUAAAGUCAUCGUUGCAACCUGUAGUCUGGCGGCUGGUAUCAACCUUCCAGCUAGAAGAGUCAUAUUACAUGGAGCACGGAUGGGAGCGGAUCUCGUUGGACCUUCAAUGCUACGUCAGAUGAGGGGCAGAGCUGGUCGAAAAGGGAAGGACGAGAUUGGUGAAACAUACUUAUGCUGUCAGAAGUCUGAUUUAGAAGCAGUAGCUGAGCUUAUGGAGGCCGACAUUCCUAGUGUUGAAAGUUGUCUAGUUCCAGGGAAGCGCGGCAUCAAAAGAGCCUUACUGGAAGUUAUUGUAACACAACUGGCAACCAGUGACGAGUCAAUUGACAAUUACAUCAAAAAAACCCUGUUAUAUCAGACGUCUGAUCGAAAUGAGCUUUCUGCUACAAUUAGAAGCACCCUAGAUGAUCUCAUAGAAACAGAUUUGGUCAGCAGUCCCAUGGAUGGAGUUUAUGAAGCUACACUUAUUGGUCAGGCUGUUGUUGCAUCAUUAUUAGCCCCAGAAGAUGGGCUUUUCGUACAUAAAGAGUUGAAACGAGCGCUCGAAGCUUUCGUGUUGGACGGCGAUAUGCAUGCUUUUUAUACGUUUACGCCGGUGCAGGUGACAACUUCGAAAGUAAACUGGAAAAUUUUCCUCAAAGAAAUCGACCACCUAUCAGAAAGCAACCUCCGCGUCCUUACCUUCCUCGGCCUCAACCCUCUCACCAUAAACAAAAUGGCCAACGGCGCAACCCUAAAAGAAACUACCCUCGCCGAAAUAAACCUCGCGCGCAUCUACAAACGCUUCUACACGGCCCUCCAACUCCGCGACCUCAGCAACGAAAUGCCCAUCUCCCAGGUCGCCCGCAAAUACGAUCUCCCCCGCGGCAUCAUCCAGAACCUGGCGCAGACGUGUCAUGGAUUUGCGGCGGGCAUGGUCAGGUUUUGUGGGACGAUGGGGUGGGGGGCGCUUGCGGCGGUCUUGGGGCAUUAUGAGGAGAGGCUGAAGGCUGGUGCGAAAUCCGAUCUUCUCGCCCUCGCGGAGAUCACGUAUGUGAAAAGUCGUACUGCGAGAAUAUUUUGGGAAAAUGGGUUUAAAACAGUCGCUGCGGUUGCGGCGGCGGAUGUUAAGGAUUUGUUGCCGGUUUUGAUCAUGGCACAACCGAAAAAACCACGUCUGGAUGCCGAGAGUGAAGAGAAGUAUAUCCGCAAGUUGAAGGCGAAGGUGGAGAUUAUUUUGAAGUCCGCGGGGAGGAUCUGGGAGAGACAAGUUAGGGAGGAGAUUGAGGAUGAGGAGUGA